AGUAGUUCCAUUUCUCCAGUGUGUCAUCCUGCUGAGUCAGGGUUUCCCCCGUGUUGUUGGCRUGUUAAACGCUGAUGGUCACGCGUGUCGGGGUGGUGUGACCAUGUGGCAGGAGGGGAUGUUGCCCAAUGUCUUUGUUUCCUGGCCAGGCAGGACGGCCCUCCAAGAGCAUCUGUCACUACAGGGGGUCAGAGGGGCUACGAUGAAUGAGGCCCCAGAGAAUUUACUCCACACACAGCAAAUGGCACAACAUAGGGGAGGGACAAGGGGACUGGGGGAGGGUGUGUGUGUGUGUGCUUGGGUGUGUGUGUGCUUGACUCAGAGAGAGAGGGGUUCUGCUGUACUGGAGGAAGGAGGAGUAUUUGCUGUCCAUACUGUCGUGGAGUUUAAUUACCAAGGAGCUGCUGAUGGCUUGGGGACACACCAGAUGAGAAUUAAUCAGUCUCCUUGGAUAUUUCCUCACUCUUGUCCUCUUCCUUAGGACCCAAAAUGGACUAUAAUUCGUGACUUUGUGAUUUAUUAUUUUUGUAUUGUGGAAUUUAGUGUUUGGUUUUGGAGCGUUUUUUGUGUGUGUGUGUGUUAUCGAAGUGCUGUCUGGCUGGUGGAGAACCAUUGGAAGGUCUAGAACAGUGCUGCUGAGGGGGAUGUCACUGCAGGACGUUUCUACACAGUGGUUCUUCUGACCCAUCAUGUAGUAGAGGAGAACAAAUCCCUUCACGCCUGGGAACAAUUACACAAGAUAAUGGGGAAUUCGUACGCAGGGCAGCUGAAAUCUGCUCGCUUCGAGGAGGCCCUCCACAACUCCAUCAAGGCCUCCCUACGCUCCAGCAGUGGAGACCCACAGCCCAUCUUCACUCAGCUAUACCUGGAGCCUGACCAGUAUCCUGGCAACAUGGAUGAUAUAAAGCCCAAGGUGAACCUGUACAUGCCGUGCGGGGAGCCUAAGGGUCAGGAUCUGCUAAACGGCCAGGCCUCUAACGGUCUGGAAGAGCUGGAGGAGGAGGACGACUCUGACACCAGCAGCCCCCCUCUGCCCUACCUACACCAGGGCCCUGCGCCCGACGGUUGCUGCACCAUGGACGGGUUCUGUCAGGCCGGUAAGGACCUCCGUCUGGUCUCCAUGGCGACGGAACCGAUCGAAGUCCCAGCUGGCUUCGAGCUUGUCGGUGCCAAAUCCUCCAGCGUCCCAGAGCACAUCCUGGUGUGUGCCGUGGACAGGCGCUUUCUGCCUGAUGAGAACGGGAAAAAUGCACUUUUAGGGUUUUCAGGGAACUGUGUUGGCUGUGGRGAGAAGGGGUUCCGGUACUUUACUGAGUUCUCCAACCACAUCAACCUGAAGCUGGCCACGCAGCCCAAGAAGCAGAAGCACUUAAAAUACUACCUGGUGAAGAACUCUCAGGGUGCUCUGUGCAAAGGACCCCUCAUCUGCUGGAAAGACUGCAAGACGCGCCAGUUCGCCAAUAGCAGUGCGUCCACCUCCAAGCCCAGUUCCUCAUCCUCCCUGAGUAGCAAGGAAAUGGAGCACCAACGGACACAGCUCUUCCCCUUUCUCCCUCUCAGACUCCCCUCCUACCAGGACUCCCUCUGCCGCCUCUGUGUUCUUCUCAGCCCAGGACCUGGCCCGAGACUGCAGCUUCCUCAAGCCUCUGGCUUCUACCUCUGGGGGCAAGACUCUACCAAUUGUUUGUCAGUGAUGUUACCCAUGGCUUUAAGAGUGAACGGGCCAACCAACGGACUGGGUCCAGACGGCCACCCCCCUUUACUGAGCCCCUCCCAGGUGUCUCUGGGACCCCAGGGACAGGGGUACAGAACCUCCGACCUAGGAGACAACCCUGUUUCCUCUGCCAUGAUCUCAGGCCCGCCCAAGAAGCGCCACCGUGGUUGGCACCCUAACCCCCUGGUGCCAGUCCCCCCUACAGUCGUCCCUGUUUCCGCCAUCCGACCCAUCGUCUGCUCCCCAGCCCCCUGCUGGUGAGCUGCUAUAAGGGCAAGCAGCUUGACGAGAAGGACCUGGCCAGCCUGGGACUGACUGGCAGCAACUAUUCAGUGUGGAGACUGAUCCUCCUCACCUGCAGUAACCUUGCCAGGCUAGGUUCGGAGCAGAUCCCUCUGAGGGAGGAGUUUGAGCACAUCGUGCUGAAGGCCAUGUUAGUUUGUCCUGGAGGUCCCUCCAUCUCUCCGACCCAGCUGCCCUGGUUGGCCCGCCUGGAGGCCAGUGUCUCUGGGGGCAGUGUCCAGGUCCUGGUCACCUACAACUCCCUGGGAGAAGGCAUCUCUGAGUCCCUGCGCUCGCUUUGUGACGGUCCGCCCUACCAGCAGUGCCUGCCCACCUACGUGGUUAUUGUGUGUACCUCCAAGAUGAGCGGCAACGAGUUCUGUGUGCUCGCGCUGGGGAAGUACCAGGCACGAGCGCUAGCCGAGGGAAUGCUCACCACCAAUGAGUUCCUGAAGGAGAUCAGCUACGAGCUCAUAACAGGGAAAGUCAGUGUCCUGGCGUCACACUUCAAAACCACCUCACUCGGGGACAACCUGGACAAGCAGCUGGUGCGUAUCCAGCGGCGACGGAAGGGCCAGGUCAUCCAGCCCUUCCAGGGCGAUGUCACUGACCACAUCCACUCCCAGGAUGCAGCCACCAUGGUGCCACCCUCUGAGUCAGAGCUGCUGAGUGAGAUGUUUCAGAUCCACCCUCCCCAGCUCAAUGUAGCCAGGAGCCUGCUCUCCCAGGUGUGCUCCAUAGCAGACUCAGGCAGCCAGAGUCUGGACCUGGGACGCUUUUGCAAGGUGGACUUCCUGGUUCUGGUUCCUCCGUCCCACAUCCUGGUGAACCAGACUGCUCAACGCAUCCGACAAUCAGGAGUGCUAGUAGACCUGGGUAUAGAGGAUGCGUCCUCAGCCCACCAGAGGUCCGACAAGUAUGUGGUGCGUCUAGACGGAGACGUCCACGGCAAGAUGGAGGCCUUCAUGAGGAAGGUCAAACAGAACCCCUACACCCUGUUUGUCCUCAUCCACGACAACUCCCACGUGGACCUGACCAGUGCCCUGUCUGGUUCGGUGUGCCACGGGGAGCUUCAGGGUCUGGCUGACAGGGUGGUAAACUGCCAGGAGGUUCUGGAGGCUAUGAAUCUGCUGGUGCUGCAGGUCAGCUGCUUCCCAUUCACCCUGCAGACACGACAGUCCCGCAUCAGCAUCCACAAUGAGGUGCACUGGCCAGCCAACACUGACAGCUUGGGGGAGCUGUCUCCUAAGGAGCUGGUGUACUUUGGCCUGAGGGACUACAGCAGCUCUCUGCAGUGGGGGGUGGCCAGUCCCAUCCUGCGCUGUGACGAUGCCUUCGAGAAGAUGAUCAACACACUGCUGGAGAGACACCCCCACCUGCACAGCAUGGUGAUCAGGAGCUACCUGUUGAUCCAGCAGUACACUGAAGCCAUGAUGGCUCUGACCUCCUCACCUUCACUACGGGAUCACAUCACCCCUGAGACCCUGGCCAUGGUGGAGGAUCUGAUCAGUGCCCCGGGCCGGGAGGGGACCAAGGGCCAGGGCCACAUGCUGCUGGUCCGGGUGCCCUCUCUGCAGCUGGCCAUGCUGGCCCGGGAGCGCCUAGAGGACGUCAGGGACAAGCUGGGUCUUCAAUUCUGCUUCGCUGUGCUGCUGGGAAGCCCUGCCGCCGAGCUCAGCCUUCCACGACAYUUCGCUAACCGACUCAGGGCCUGGCGGGGCUGUGAAAUUGAAGACUGGGUCCCUCACACCUAUGAGGAUCUGGAGGGUCUUCCCUGCAUUGUCAUCCUCACUGGAAAAGACCCUCUAGGAGAAACCUUUCCAAGGUCCCUGAAGUACUGUGACCUGCGUCUGAUCGACUCCAGCUACCUGACGCGUACGUCCCUGGAGCAGGAGGUGGGUCUGGCCUGCUCUUACGUGUCCUUGAGGGUGGUAAAUGAGCCCUGCAGGUUCAUGGCCCCCAUGGACCCAGAGGCAGACAAGACCAGUGGCCCUCAGGACCCAGACCUAGAUCUGCACAUGGACCUGGAGAGGCCCCAAAGCAAUGGCAGCGCUGCUACCAGAGGCCCCGAGAACAAGGUCAGCUCCUCUGACAUCCCUGACUCCUCCCAGAAGCCCUCCACCUCCUCCUGCCCCCCCGGAGGCAAGGCGGGCAGCAUCAUGAUGGAAGACGGGACGGGCACGACCUCAUCAUCCCCCCGCCGGGUCAAACAGGAGUGUGACUCCCUGGGCGGUGCCACCUCCCGCCCCUCCAACGCCCCUCCCUCUUUCUGCUCCUCCUCCUCCUCUUCCUCCUCCCCCUCCUCCUCUUCGACCCAGCACCCCAGCCAGUCUACGCAAUGCGGCUGGGGCAGCAAGUCGCCUCGGGUCUCCGCCCGGACUGUCAUCCUGUCGCGCGCGGCCUACAACCUCCUGGCUGGAGAAUCAGGGAGCCAGCUGAGCUCCUUCUCCCUGCUGCCUCACGCCGAUGUGGGCUGGAGCAGCCCGCUGAGGCCCCUCUUCACCCCUAACUUACAAGGGUCAGAGCAGAGCCUCUUCUACAGACAGUGGACCGUAGCCAGGCAACAUCAUGCCGACCACGAGGCCCCCCCAGGGCCACACCCACGACGCCUGCUGCUCAGCGGGCCCCCACAGGUGGGGAAGACGGGUGCCUACCUGCAGUUUCUACGCAUCCUGUUCCGUAUGUUGAUUAGACUGCUUGAGGUGGAUGUGUAUGAUGAAGAGGAGCUGGAGGAAGCGAUGACGGAUAUGUCCGAGGCCACACCCCCAGCCAGCACCCAGUGGCCAGACAUUGAGGAGAUCCGCAAACUGCCCUUCGACCUCUUUCCCAGAGACCCUAAGUUCAGGAGGGCCAGCGCUGUUUACACUGACAAGAUGCCAAAGGGCUUGAAAGAUCCUAAACUGGAAGGAGAAAACAAAAUGCCUGUGAAGAGGGAAACGGUGUCGAUACGGCUGAGUAUGUUCGCAGCCCACAAUGCAUUUCACCAUUGUGAUCAGUGUCACCAUUACUGUGAAGCCAGCCCAGCCACACAGCUGUCGGAGUGCACCUUCCACGCCUUCACGUUCUGCUCGUCCAUGCUGGGAGAGGAGGUGCAGCUCCACUUCAUCAUCCCCAAGGCCAAGGAGCAGCACUUUGUCUUCAGCCAGCAGGGCAGUCACCUGGAGAGCAUGAGGCUGCCCCUCAUCUCUGCUAAGGACCUCAGUCUGUUGAAAAGCCCCAUCUUCACCCCGACCACGGGGCGCCAGGAGCACGGCCUUCUCAACAUCUUCCACGCCAUGGAAGGCACCGCCCACCUCCACAUCCUGGUGGUCAAGCAGUACGAGAUGCACCACUACAGGAAAUACUGGCCAAACCACAUCCUGCUGGUGCUUCCCGCCAUGUUCAACAGUGCAGGAGUUGGGGCRGCUCGGUUCAUGAUCAAGGAGCUGUCGUACCACAAUCUGGAGCUGGAGAGGAACCGUCUGGAGGAGCAGGGGGUCAAGAGGCAGGAYGUCUGGCCCUUUAUAGUCAUGAUGGAUGACUCCUGUGUGCUCUGGAACUCACACCAACCCCAGGACAGCAGCAGUGAUAUGGCAGACACCGGGCCCAGUCUGACCAACGUGUCUUUAAAGACGGUGCUGCAGCACAUGGAGGCCACUCCUAAGAUCUCCCUGUAUGCCGUGUGCGGGGCCCGCAAGUGGAGCAGUGCCCUGGCCCGCCGCCUGCCAGCCCUGCCCUUCUCCCGAUGCCACCUUCACGACUUUGUCAUGCUCAACGUUGAGCUGACGCAGAACGUCCAGUACGACCUCAACAGGUACAGUUGUGAGGAGGUGGACUUCAACCUGAGAGCCAACAGCAGUGGUCUGCUGCUCUGUCGCUUCAACCACUUCAGCUUGAUGAAGAAACAAAUUCUCUUUGGAGGACACAAGGACUUCCUGGUCAAACCCAAACUCAUCGUGAGUGUCCUAACCCAACCCCCAAUCAGCCCACACCAGUACAUCUGUGCCCCAGACAGUGAACACACCCUUCUGGCCGCCCCGGCUCAGUUCCUCCUGGAGAAGUUUCUCCAGAGCUGCAGCCACAGACUGUUCCCCAAGGCGUUACAGACAGAUAGCAACCCCGUGCUGUCCAUAGACAGCUACCUCAACAUAGGCCCUGAGGUGUCAGUGUGCUACGUCAGCUCCAGACCACACUCCACUAACCUGGACCACCAGGGUCUGGUCUUCAGCGGCCUGCUGCUCUACCUAUGUGACUCCUUUGUCGUCUCUGGCCUCCUCAAAAAGUUCAGCUUCCUCAAAGGUGCCACRUUGUGUGUGAUCUGCCAGGACCGUAACUCUCUGCGUCAGACCAUUGUACGGCUGGAGCUGGAGGACAAGUGGCAGUUUCGUCUGCGGGAUGAGUUCCAGACAGCCAACUGCAGCGAAGACCGGCCCCUCUACUUUCUCACAGGACGCCAUGUUUGACCCUGAGACUGCUGCCAGACCUGUCCAAAUGGCCCUCCUGUCCCAUCCACCCUAACCAGACAGAUCUCAGACCAGUUAACAAUCACAAUGAUGUCAGGAGAUCAGAGAGGAGUAUUGGGGCACAUCAAGGCCAAAGAGCCCAAGAAAUGGACAUGUGGCUGUCAUCAAUGUGGAUGUGAUACCUUCUCCUCCUACAGUAUAAGCUCCUCCACAACGCUACGCUAUGUUUGGAACAGAAGUGGUUGGACAGUGAGUUUUAACUCAGACUUGUGUUGGGGUCUGUCCCUAAUCUGAGCCUGAUUCAAAUUCAAAGACUUUACUGUGCAAAAAUCGGCAUUAUCAGUGAACUUCUGUAUAUGUUGACGUAUUUCUUGCUGCAAAAAGGGACUCUCGUCAUCGAUAAUGGGACUUAUUCAAAGAUUGUAAACGUGGCGACUGUGGCGAACACAGCUCUUGUUUUGGAUGUCCCGUCACGGASAUACGCUUUAUCUCAGGGUUUUGAAGUGAGAGGCAACAACGAGUUGCCCGUCGCUAAAGGAAAACUACUGCUUUUCUCUCUCGCCUUCAGUGUCAAGUGUUGUUACUUGUUACCCAUUGUAAUGUUGUUGAUACCCCUGAUAUGAGCCACAAAAGACAUCCACAUCUGCACCUUGCCCUUAGCCUCCUCUACUCUCCUCUCGCUAAAAUCCCACUCCGUUGUUAGAUUACUAGUGUAAAUAUUAUAGAUUCUGGAGUGUAUUAGAAUUCUAUCAUCAAGGUCUAGUAUAUCCAUUUCUAUGCUGAUCAGUCAGGGGAAAAGCGUCUAGUUGAUAUCUAAGCCACUGGGUAGUGUACCGUCCUGUCCACUUACAUUUGACUGGCAAGCCACCGCAAGGGACCCUGUUGCUCUUGUGCCUUCAUAUUGCAACAUGUUGUCCCUAACUGAACUGUUCCUAUGACAUUGUCUUUUUGAUCAUCUAACUGAGCCAAUCAAAUGGAGCGAGGGAGAGCAGGGAGAGACCUGUUGGUCCAAUCAGUUAGCUCUAAAGGCCUGAUGCUCAGAUACAAAGUAGAAUUCUAUUUCAUGUUAUGCGGAUGAUGCAUAUAUCCCAGUAGCUCCCACUACUAGAUGAGGAUGCUAUAGAAAGAGCAAACCUUCACUGGCACCUCUAUCUAUCUUGCUAUUGACUGUGCCUGUGGUCUUGUUUAUGAUUGUAAUAUUACUCAGUGAUCUGUUCUCUGUGCCUGAUAGUAUAGAUGGCUUAGGCCUCCCCCAUAUACCUUAAUGCAGUCAAAUGACUUACAGUUGCAGGGUUUUCACAUGAAACUAUGGAUAAUCAGAGAAUGGGUGUGGACUGCUGUCGUCAUCAGAUGAAUACUGUAGGUCAAUUCAUCUACCUGAAAGCAGGUAGGAAUGGUUUUUAUAUGUUACUGCACAGGGUCAUCCAAAGAAUAUGCCUUAUUAAGUGAUGUUGUUACAUAGAUCACUCAUUUGCAGUCAAGGGUAAUAUUGUAAUAAGUCUUACAAUGGAGAGGCCAAUCCAAUUGAAUAAAUUGUGAAGAAACAUCUGUCCAGUUGGGGGUAAGAGGUUAAGUUGGAUUUGAGGACAACUGUCUGUUGUUAAAAGCUUUGUUUACAUUAUUAAUAUAUUCAAUCAACCCCGUUACGACUCGCGGAGGGUUUCUGACCAUUUUUUUGUUGUUGUAUUGUGUCACUUUUAGCAGUUAUGUUUUGGUGUCAUGAUGAUGGCUUUCUGUCUGCAUUUUGUGUUUGCCAGCCAAGGUGCAAAGAAUCUACCUAAGAUGUAAUCGUCUUACCGUGUUCGUUUCCCUGGCUUUUCUCRUGUCAGAUUAUUCUCAUUUCUUUUUCAUGAAAAUCAUGUCCUUUACAUGAGAGAUUCUUAUUUAUUUGAACAAGCAUUUUGGACUGAUAAUCAUAUUGAAGUGUAAUAAUAUUGAUUGCAUGCUGACUGAGCGAGCUAAAAUCAAGAAGCGUAUCCUCUUCUGAAAACCAUUGACGAAGGCUUUGCACAAGACCAAGAGCUCUUGAGUCUUAUCUACUGAAUGUUGAGGGGUAGGAAAUGUGAACUUGCACUAUACAACUUGCCAGCAGCAACAACCAAAAAAGUAUUGAUCAUUGUCAUCAAAACUGUACGGGGUAAAUGAUGAACAAAGACACCGAGAAAAUAUUGAUGACACUAUCAGUAAAGACAGACAGUGUUGAUUGAUUAAUCGGAUUGAUUGAUGAUCAGACCCUUCGAUAUUGAUCAUACCCUUUUGACCYAUAGAAUGUGUCUUGUUURUAGAUAAUUAGAUGAACACAUACAGUAUCUUAUGCAAUUUGCUUCUCACAAUCUUCACUGAAGUAUUAUCUGUUGUGGGUAUUUAAGUGUCUUGCUAAAGAUUUGGCGACCCAACCGAUGGUAGGCUUGACCACAGAGUCAUCUACCUCAUGUUGACCAUUGCGGUUGUUCAGUAUGUGGGCUGUGAACAUUUGACUUUGGAAAACAUGCUUUUGUUGUUGGAAUUUCUGAACGUAAUAAAGUGACAUUACAAURAACUAGGGAGUUGUGAC